GAAUCCAAGUCUAUCUUCGUCUCGUGCCGCGCCAGCACAGCUGGACCUGAUUUGCGCCCGCAAUGUGGCAUGCUUUCUCGCGUUGCGUGUCAGCGUUUGGCAUUUGGAAGUGCCAAGUGCUGACCGUGCCAAACGUAUGUAUCGAGAGUUCUAUUCACGGAUGCAGCCCGCAAUCUGAUACAUGGGAAAUCAAGAUUCUGCAUCACAGCUCCACUUGCCCAGACGCGGCUGCAGGAUGAGUUGCCGAUCCGGGAAACAGGCAGCCACGUCCGCGUUUAUUUUAAUCAGCCGAAUCGAAACAUCUGAAGACUGAUAGGUACGGUUGGAUUCGUUCGCCCUCGAGUUUCAGACAGCUCAGGGUCCUCCCAUUUGUGCGAAGCGUCACGGAGACAUGUCCGGAAUCUCCGACCGUGCUGUCAGCCAAGGUGAACACGGCUGCUUCCCGAGUUACUCCCAUCAUCCCAUCUUCAAGAGAUAGUUGCCGUCCCUGCCCUAUGACCUCUUUUUUGUGCGCACGCAACAAAUUACAGCCGUCCAGCUGUCAAUCCGUUUUCGGGAACUUGCCUACUUUGAAUGCGGUCCAGUCAAAUGUCGGAAUGCCAGAAUGUUGCGGCACCGACACAAUACUAUCUUAGUGCGCAAAAUGAGUUUUACGGGUGUUAGUUCGGGCUUCGGCUAGGAUAUCAGCAAAUUCGAAUGAUGACGCAAGUUUGGUUUACGUGACUUAUUUACUCGCUUAGUUGGAUCUCCCCUGUUUUCCC